UCAUCUAUAGAGAUGGCUUGUGUUGCUUUGACUUCUCUGAUGGCAACAAUUAAGCUAGAGUUUCUGCAACCAAAUCCAAGCAGGGUUCCUCUUGAUGAUGAAGGGGGGUUUGUAUCAAUGGAAUCUUUGUAUGAAAAGCUUUCAUCUUUGCAAGGUUUUGUGCAGAAGAAAUCUGGGGCAAGGGGUGGCACUGCAAUCAGAGAUCUGGAGAUACAGAUCAGAGACUUUGCACUGAAUGCCGAAGACCGCAUCGAAAUGCAACUAAGCAACUUUCUUCUGGCCAAGAACGGAGAGGAUCAACAAAAAGCUUAUCAGCAACUCCAUCAAACCUUGGGAGAAGCAGCAGAAAACGCAGCGGAGUUGCUGGAGAAAAGCAAGGAAACUGAAGUGGUGAAUGAAAGUGAAGGACCACUACUGAUGAUUCCUUGCUUAAAACAUGCUUCGGCUUCGGAGCCCACUAAUUUUAUGGUGGGUCGACGCGGUGAUCGUGAGCGGAUAAUUGACAAACUCGUGAGAUUUGAUGAGAAACUAAAAGCGGUCUCAAUUGUUGGGAUGGUCGGCAUUGGGAAAACAACUUUAAUUAGUAGUGUCUAUCAAGAUCCAGUAGUUGCAUCCUAUUUCGAUGUACGAAGAUGGGUUUCUAUGCCUGAUGGACACAGCUUGAGCCAAAUUCUACACACCCUUCUUUGGACAGUACUAGCAGAGGCAGAAGAAAUAAAAAAGGGAAGGAUUCCUGAUGAUGAUGAUGAUCUAGCAGCUAACCAGGUAUUCAAGUGCUUGAAUGGUAAGAGAUAUCUAAUAGUUUUGGAUAACUUAUGGAACAAUCAAGAUUGGUAUGUUCUAAGAAGUUGUCUUCCUGACAAUUAUAAUGGAAGUCGCAUAGUGAUAACCACUAGGCAUUUUUUAAGGAGGGAGGGUAAUUAUGUUUACUCAAAUACCAAUAUUAUUCAUAACAUGACAUUGCUAAAUCCAGAAGAAAGUUGGACUUUAUUUUGUAAUAACCCUUUUCUAAAAUUGGAGAGACAUAAGGCACCACCUAUAUUUCAAGAAAUUAGGAGCCAAGUUAUAGAGAUAUGCGAAGGAUUGCCAUACUCAAUUGUUGUAGUUGCAAAACGUCUAUCUAAGUGUGAUAACAUAAAACAAGAAUGGAAGAAGGUUGCAAAGGAAAUAGAGUUGCUUGGAGUUCUAGAUAGGAAGACAUUGACCCACACUUACAAUCAAUUGCCACAAUACUUAAAAGCUUGUUUUCUAUAUUUUGGAGUCUUCCCAAAACGCAGUGCAAUCAACGUGAAACUACUUAUUAGGUUAUGGAUUGCUGAAGGAUUUAUUAAUCCAUUGGAGGGCAAGGAGUUAGAAAGUCAAGCUUAUGAGUAUUUAAAAGAAUUUAUUGAUAGAAGUCUUAUUUUAAUCGACACUUGGAGUUCUUCUGGAAAAAUUAAAAAUUGUAGAAUGCAUAGUGCCUUGCAUAGCUUUUGCGAAGAUGCUGAAAUAUUUGUAUCUUUCAAGUUGCUUAGAAUUUUGGCUUUUGUUCCAUCUUCGUUUCUUCAAAGAGUGCCAACACGCUUACAUGAUUUAGUUUUUCUGCGAUACCUAUCUGUAUCUGAAUGGUUUGAGGGUCUUGAGUAUGUAGUGUCAACCAAUCGAAACUUGCAGUCACUUGUUGUUUCUGGUAAAGAAUUCCAAUUUGGAGCACCUACUCUCCACUUGCCUUGUACAAUUUGGGAGUUACCGCAGUUACGACAUCUUAAACUUGACAAAUCUUAUGUGAUUGAUCCUCCAAGCAUCGAUAAAGAUAAUAUGCGGACAUUAUCUUGGGUGUGUUCACCUCAUUGUAGAGCAGGAGUAUAUUGCAGGUUUCCAAACAUUGAAAAAUUGAAAGUUUUUGUAUUUACCCGCAAUAAUCUUAUUAUUUUGGAUAAUCUUGAAUAUUUGGAACGUCUUGAGGGACUAUCAAUUUUAGUUUCGUUUGGUUGCGUUGUAACCCUUCCAAUGCCAUCUAUGUUUCCUUCACAACUAAAGAAGUUGAGGUUGAACGGUACUGACCUUUCAGAGAGGGAUUUAAAGGCAAUUGAAAUGUUGCCUCAGCUUGAGGUUCUCAAAUUAGAAAAUGCCUUUCAUGGAGAAGUAUGGAAAGUAGAAGAAGGAUUUUGUCAAUUAAAAUUCUUGCUUCUUGAAAAUAAAAAGCUAAAGCAAUGGACGGUCAAUUAUGGAUUUUCACGUCUUAAGCACUUAGUCUUAAAAUUUUGUUAUUGUUUGGAAGAAAUCCCUAUGAGGAUUGGAUGCUUUGGCUUGGAGUCAAUUGAGUUGCAGCGGUGUUGUCCGUCCGUUAUCACUUCUGCAAAGCGUAUUGAAGUAUUUAAACACCAUGAGUAUAGAACCAAAUUUUUUGAGCUCAAAAUCAUUGGAGAAGAGUCUAUACCUUUAGAUGAUGAAUGACAAGCUCAGCUAAGGUACUCAAAGAUUUUCUUAAUCAUACAAAAGAUAGUGAUGUGACGAAAUGCCAAAUUU